UGCCUAUCUUUAAGAAAGCGCAUAUAAAGAGACCAAUAUACAGCAAUCAAAACUGGAAGGUUACAGUCAAGGCAAAGGAAAAGAGCAUCCAAGAUGAAAUUUCUUGUCUUUGCUAUUGUGUGCUUCAGCGUGGCGCUAGCUACCGAUGACGAUUUCUGCACGGAAAGAAACGCUGGCUACUAUGCGGAUCCAGACGAUUGUUCCAAGUACUACCAGUGCGACGACUUUCACAAAACUCACCACAGGACAUGCUCAGAACAGCUUAAGUGGAGUGCAGUGAAAAACAUAUGCGAUCAUGCGGCUGAUGUAGACUGCGAUCGCAAACCUCUUGAGCCGCUUAAUCCCACAAACCUUUUACUGCACCCUCCUCUUCCGUACACGAGAUGCGAUCUCCACUGUCAAACAAGGAAUCCAGAUGGUUCGUGCACGGUCGCGCCCAAUUGGAGGAUCGAGAACAGUAUGUGUGUGGACACCACCUAUUGUCUGUCACUUCCUAACGGCCACUACCACGACCCCAGGAACUGCUCGCGCUUCUACCAGUGUGAUGCGUUCCACAAGGCUUUUCUGCACAGCUGCCCUUCUGGGCUGAAAUGGAGCGUCACGAAAACCACGUGUGACUGGCCACGAUACGUCGACUGUGACAUAGGAGGAGCCUAUAAGCCACCUUUCCGAUGCAACCUCAGAGAUCCUAUACCCAAGAAGAUUGGCUGUUUAAAGGGGUGGGAAGAUGGACAUCGCUUGAUUUGGAAUGAGCUUCUUUUCACUGACCGAGACCCUUCAAGCAACGUGUUCUCAGGGAUUCUCAUCGACUGGGCAAACUGGCAGGACUAUAUCAACAGUCUUGCAUGUCGGUGCGCCCGGGCGGCCUACAAGAAGGGCUACACCUAUUUCGGCCUGCAGUUCUACGGCGAGUGCUGGAGUGGCCCAUACUCUGGUCGCCUCGGUCCAUUCACAACCCCAGACAACUGCGUGCAGAACUACUUCCAGGAGUGUGAGCAGGAUAACACUGAGUUCGCAUGUGUUGGGAAGCCCUGGUUUAAUUACGUCUACAGGGCCUUACCACCUUACAUGAUGAAGCACUAUUUUGGGAGACACGCCUAUCUACCAGACAUCGUAAAAGGUGCCCAAUUUUUUCCCAAUCGCAGUAGAGCUGGAAGGGCUUACAGAUACACAAGCAUACGAAUCAAGAGUUCCGACAUGAAGUCUCUUGUCCUUCUUAUCGCGUGCUUUUCUGUGGCGCGAGCCACUGAAGAUGAUUAUUGCAAGGAAAGAGACGCCGGCUGCUAUGUGGACCUAAAGGAUUGUUCCAAGUACUACCAGUGCGACGACUUUCACAAAACUCACCACAGGACAUGCUCAGAACAGCUUAAGUGGAGUGCAGUGAAAAACAUAUGCGAUCAUGCGGCUGAUGUAGACUGCGAUCGCAAACCUCUUAAGCCGCAUGUUCCCCUUCUCGCCCCUGCUCCCUACCCAGGAUGUGAUCUCCAUUGUCAGGAAAAGGGUCUCGAUGGCUCUUGCACGGUUAUGCCUAACUGGAGGAUCGAGAAGGGCAUGUGCGUUGACAACAACUAUUGUCUCUUACUUCCCAACGGCCACUACCACGACCCCAGGAACUGCUCGCGCUUCUACCAGUGUGAUGCGUUCCACAAGGCUUUUCUGCACAGCUGCCCUUCUGGGCUGAAAUGGAGCGUCACGAAAACCACGUGUGACUGGCCACGAUACGUCGACUGUGACAUAGGAGGAGCCUAUAAGCCACCUUUCCGAUGCAACCUCAGAGAUCCUAUACCCAAGAAGAUUGGCUGUUUAAAGGGGUGGGAAAAUGGACAUCGCUUGAUUUGGAACGAGCUUCUUUUCACUGACCGAGACCCUUCAAGCAACGUGUUCUCAGGGAUUCUCAUCGACUGGGCAAACUGGCAGGACUAUAUCAACAGUCUUGCAUGUCGGUGCGCCCGGGCGGCCUACAAGAAGGGCUACACGUAUUUCGGCCUGCAGUUCUACGGCGAGUGCUGGAGUGGCCCAUACUCUGGUCGCCUCGGUCCAUUCACAACCCCAGACAACUGCGUGCAGAACUACUUCCAGGAGUGUGAGCAGGAUAACACUGAGUUCGCAUGUGUUGGGAAGGCCUGGUUCAACUACGUCUACAGGGCCUUACCGCCUUACAUGAUGAAGUGAUUGAAGAAAUGCUGAAGAGAGGUGUUAAGGGUGAAGGGGAGUUAAUGCCAGCAGGGGUAGUUAUAACGAUAAGGGGUCCUUUGUUUGGUAUUUGACAACACCCCUCCCCCCUUCCUCCAAAUAAAGUAAUUGUUGGCUGGAGGAGGACAUAUAAAAACAAUCGAGCAACCCAAAAAGUAUCCAAAAUAGAGCCGUGCCUCCUCACUGUCAGAUACCAAAGACUGCAAAGCCGUCUAACAAUGCAACAGCAACCAGCAUUUGUACGCGGUGAGUAAAAGUAAAUAAACAAAACUGUAUACCGUA